AUGGCUGUCGGCGCCGCUCCCGACACCGAGUGCGGCCGGACCCAGGGGCGGCGGCGGCGGCGGCGGCGGCGGAGGAGGCGGCUGAGGCGGAGGAGGAGGAGGAGGCGGAGGAGGAGGAGGAUGCUGCGCGCCUUGGUGGCCGUGUCCCUUUGGCUGCGGGUGAGCCCGCGGGCGCAGGGCGCGCCGUGCGAGGCGGUGCGCAUCCCCAUGUGCCGCCCCAUGCCCUGGAACAUCACCCGUAUGCCCAACCACCUCCACCACAGCACGCAGGAGAACGCCGUGCUGGCCAUCGAGCAGUACGAGGAGCUAGUGGGCACCGGCUGCAGCCCGGUCCUCUCCUUCUUCCUCUGCGCCAUGUACGCGCCCAUCUGCACGCUGGAGUUCCUCUACGACCCCAUCAAGCCCUGCCGCUCCGUCUGCCAGCGCGCCCGCGACGGCUGCGAGCCCAUCAUGCGUCGCUACAAUCACAGCUGGCCCGACAGCCUGGCCUGCGACGACCUCCCCGUCUACGACCGCGGCGUCUGCAUCUCCCCCGAGGCCAUCGUCACCGACCUGCCCGAGGAUGGGAAGUGGACGGACUUCACGCAGGGCGUGCUGGUGCCGGACAGACCCCCGCAGCCCGAGUGCAGGAGCCGCGGCCAGGAGCGAUGCAGGUGCAAAAAGACGAAGCCUACGCUGUCGACCUACCUGGCCAAGAACUACAGCUACAUCAUUCACGCGAAAGUAAAAAGUGUGGAGAGGGGGAACUGCAACGAGAUAACGACUGUGGUUGAAGUAAAAGACAUCCUGAAGUCCUCGAUGCCAAUUACUCAGUCCCAAGUGCCUCUCCUGACCAAUUCAUCCUGCCAGUGCCCACCUCUGCAGCCAAAGCAGGACGUCCUUAUCAUGUGCUACGAGUGGCGCUCCAGGCUGAUGCUUCUUGAUGGAUGUCUAGUUGAAAAAUGGAAGGAUCAACUAAACAAAAGAUUUAAGAGAUGGGAACAGAGACUGCAAGAGCAAAAGCAGCGAACAGCCCGCAGUAAGAAUCAGAAUGCAGGACGCAGCGGUCGGAGCGGGGCCUCAAAGCCAUCAAACAAGAACACCAACACGCUGGUCAGCGGCCCCAAAAAGGCCACUAAAACGAGAAAUGGCCAGAAAGAAACGAAUGCUAAAAAAGUAUGAGUGUGACAUUUCUGGCAAGAGAGGAAAGAUUUUUCUUACACGAUGAGGGUCGCAGUCUGGCUUGAGUGGCAUGUUUUAUUAAUCCAGAACUCAUUGACUUAGAAACUCCAUUUCUACAUAGACGUUUUUGCUGCACUUUACUUGUAAAGGUUUGCUUUUCCUUUCAAGCCACUGCAAGCCACAGAGUGUAGGUUUGCACUAAUACGUGGUAGGCAUAGACAGUCUGACUGAGCUUUAUCUUAGGGCUCUCAUUUGCAAUUCUAGGUAGAGCUGUCUUGGCUGCUAGAGGUUUUAACUCUGUGUCCCUGUUACCCUGCCAGAGGUUGGGAGGGCUGCACAAGGCAUCUCUUCUCUGCUCAGAAAGUGCACUUUGCAGCAAGGUGUGUUAGUUGGCAGCUUACUCCGUGAGUGAAUGUGGUGAGCUGAGAAGCAUGGCAGCUGAGGAGCAGCAGGGAGAUGUAACUUCUGGCAGAGAGCUGCAGUAAUUGCGACAGCUGCUAUAGCUGAAUCUAUCUGCUGUUGGGAGUCACAGCUCUUACUCAGAGCAGUCAAAAGCAUAGUUUACCAAUAAGCAUCUGGGUAUGCAUUAUGUGAUUAUUCACUUUUAUGAGUGCCAGAAAUAUGCUUACAGUGUUAGUUUUUGACUUUGUGUAGCAAAAAUGCCUUGAAAGCAAACUAAUUUUUUUAUUAUUAUUUUUACUGUACUUCAGGCUGUCUUCUGUUGUUAUAAUUUCAAAUAUAUUUAAACAUCUAAUUGAAAAAAAUCAGUAUUUUUUAAAAGGACGGAUUAAAGUGAAGCAGAUCUGCAGAAUUCUUAAAAAUAAUGUAUGUUUGCUGUAAUAUAUCUUUGUUACAAAAACUGGAAGAGAAGCAUUGCUCUAAACAUACCUGACAGCUACUGAACAGUAUUGAAAAAGAGGGCUUCGUGUGGCUCCAUGUUCACGUGGAUCAUUUUUAUCAUUUGAUACCAAAUAAAUAAAUAGACUAAUAAAUAAGAAAGAUGAUUUGUCCCUGUUCAUUAACUUCUGAAAACAGUUGGUUAGGUUCAGUUCUGCUGACUGGAAAGUAACAUUGGCCUUGCAAGCUGCUGUGGACAAAGCAGUUGCUAAUAUUUAUGUACUAAGUUUUACUGACCUGUUUAGCUGCGUGAGCUAUGAAAAAAAGCAAAGGUGAUACAAAUCCAACUGACAUAACACCAAGAUGGCAUUUAUGCUGUUCCUGCCCAGGCUUUACCUGGGUAUGGCAGUAUGGCAGUCUGACUUCUGUCAGCAAAUAAGGAGGUCACCUUCACUGACGUUGUGGGAGCUCAUGAUUGAUAU